AUGCCCAACGUUAUCGAUCCCCAGCCUCUAACCAUGCCCACCAUCCCCGUUCUUGCUUCUAACCAGCCUCCUUCCUCCCUUCUCGUCACACGAGUACCCGCAGCUGCUUGGGCCCGAGAACAAGAAUUGUUAUUGGCAAAAAACUCCCCUCUACGGGAGGAAAUGGUGGGUACGCAUCGUGAACGAAGACCAUCGACAGGGAUUCUUUCAGCGAUUAAGGCAAUGGCGGCUUGA